UGCCAUUUCAUUUGUAUAUGUGGCAGCUGCGGGUGUUGUAGAAUUUUUCGUAAUUUCUCCACAUAUUAGAGAAGUUAUCAAGCCCUAUUUUUCCUUAAUGUAGAAAUAAAUCGAUUGUGUGAGUGAAUAAAUAGCUACGUCAUUAUAAAUCCAUAAUUUAUUUCAUAGAUAUCCGGCCGUUGUCAUUCUCGCUUUCAAGUAACGCCAUGUUGAUUGUCAAAAGUGUUUUCCGAUGAGACAGCAGUGAAAAGAAUUUUUUGUGUUAUCAUUUCAGACUGCGAUUUCGAAGAGUCGCGUGUAAUUUAAAUCGGUCUAGUUGGAGUGAAGAUCUAGCAGCCAUGGCGCAAGUAUUGCCUAUUAGGUUCCAAGAGCACCUGCAGCUCACAAAUGUUGGCAUCAAUCCAGCAUCCAUUUCCUUCAACACCCUCACGAUGGAAUCGGACAAGUUCAUCUGUGUCCGGGAGAAAGUGGGGGAGACGGCGGAGGUGGUCAUCAUCGAUAUGGCUGACCCCACCAAUCCUAUACGGAGACCUAUCAGUGCUGAUUCGGCCAUUAUGAAUCCGGCCAGCAAGGUUAUUGCGCUGAAGGGGAAGGCUGGUGUUGAAGCCCAAAAGACACUACAAAUCUUCAACAUCGAGAUGAAGUCCAAAAUGAAGGCCCACACCAUGACAGAAGACGUGGUGUUUUGGAAGUGGAUAUCGCUGAACACACUGGCCCUGGUGACCAAGAUGUCGGUGUACCACUGGUCCAUGGAGGGCGACUCCACGCCCGUCAAGAUGUUCGACCGGCACUCGUCGCUCGCCGACUGUCAGAUCAUCAACUACAGGACCGAUCCGAAGCAGCAGUGGUUACUGCUUGUUGGUAUCUCCGCCCAGCAGAACCGCGUGGUAGGCGCCAUGCAGCUCUACUCCGUAGAGCGCAAGUGCUCACAGCCCAUAGAGGGUCACGCGGCCUCCUUCGCCACGUUCAAGGCCGAAGGCAACGCUGAACCGUCGACGCUGUUCUGCUUCGCCGUGAGGACCGCGCAGGGCGGCAAACUCCACGUCAUCGAGGUUGGCCAGACGCCGGCGGGCAACCAGCCGUUUCCCAAGAAGGCCGUGGACGUUUUCUUCCCCGCCGAAGCGCAGAACGACUUCCCCGUCGCCAUGCAGGUCUCCCCCAAAUAUGACGUCAUCUAUCUCAUUACCAAAUACGGGUACAUCCACAUGUACGACAUCGAAACCGGGACCUGUAUCUACAUGAACCGCAUCUCUUCUGACACCAUCUUCGUGACGGCUCCCCACGAGGCUACUGGCGGUAUCAUUGGCGUGAACCGCAAAGGCCAAGUCCUCUCCGUGACUGUAGAAGAGGACUCCAUCGUGCCCUACAUCAACACGGUGCUGCAGAACCCAGAGCUGGCGCUGCGGUUGGCCGUGCGCAACAACCUGGCGGGGGCUGAGGAGCUGUUCGUCAGGAAGUUUAACAUGCUGUUCACUAACGCGCAGUACGGCGAGGCCGCUAAGGUCGCAGCAAUGGCGCCGCGCGGCAUACUCCGCACCCCGCAGACCAUCCAGCGUUUCCAGCAAGUUCCAACCCAGCCUGGACAGACGUCCCCCCUACUCCAGUACUUCGGAAUCCUGCUCGACCAGGCGCAGCUUAACAAGUUCGAGUCGCUCGAGCUCUGCAAGCCGGUCUUGUUGCAAGGUCGCAAGCAGCUGCUGGAAAAGUGGCUAAAGGAAGAGAAGCUAGAAUGCUCCGAGGAGCUCGGAGACCUGGUGAAGCAGGUUGACCCCACGCUGGCUCUCUCGGUGUACCUGCGGGCCAACGUGGCUAGCAAGGUCAUCCAGUGUUUCGCCGAAACCGGGCAGUUCCAGAAAAUUGUGCUGUAUGCUAAGAAGGUCGGCUACACGCCCGACUACAUAUUCCUGCUGCGGUCCGUGAUGCGCACGAACCCCGAGCAAGGCGCCGGCUUCGCGGGCAUGCUGGUCGCCGAGGACCCGCCGCUGGCCGACAUCAACCAGAUCGUGGACGUGUUCAUGGAGCAGAACAUGGUGCAGCAGUGUACCGCGUUCCUGCUGGACGCGCUGAAGAACAACCGGCCCGAGGAGGGGCCGCUGCAGACCAGGCUGCUAGAGAUGAAUCUGAUGUCAGCUCCGCAAGUAGCGGACGCGAUCCUCGGCAACGCCAUGUUCACGCGCUACGACCGCGCGCACGUGGCGCAGCUGUGCGAGAAGGCCGGCCUGCUGCAGCGCGCGCUCGAGCACUACACCGACUUGUACGACAUCAAGCGGGCCGUGGUUCACACCCACCUGCUCUCAGCAGAAUGGCUGGUCACCUACUUCGGCAGCCUGUCCGUCGAGGAUUCCCUCGAGUGCCUCAAAGCCAUGCUCCAGGCCAACAUCCGUCAGAACCUGCAGAUCUGCGUGCAAAUCGCCACCAAGUACCACGAGCAGCUGACCACGAAGGCGCUCAUUGAGUUGUUUGAGAGCUUCAAGACUUACGAGGGCCUCUUCUAUUUCCUGGGAUCCAUUGUGAACUUUAGCCAGGAUCCGGAAGUCCACUUCAAGUAUAUUCAGGCCGCCUGCAAGACCGGUCAAAUCAAGGAGGUAGAACGCAUCUGUCGCGAGUCCAACUGCUACAACGCGGAGCGCGUGAAGAACUUCCUCAAGGAAGCCAAGCUGCCCGACCAGCUGCCGCUCAUCAUCGUCUGCGACCGGUUCGACUUCGUGCACGACCUCGUGCUGUACCUGUACAGGAACAGCCUGCAGAAGUACAUCGAGAUCUAUGUACAAAAGGUGAACCCGUCGCGUCUGCCUGUUGUGGUGGGCGGUCUGCUGGACGUGGACUGCACCGAGGACAUCAUUAAGAACCUUAUCUUGGUAGUGCGUGGACAGUUCUCCACUGACGAGCUCGUGGCUGAGGUCGAGAAGAGAAACAGACUGAAGCUGCUGCUGCCGUGGCUGGAGACCCGCGUGCACGAGGGCUGCAACGAGCCCGCCACGCACAACGCGCUCGCCAAGAUCUACAUCGACUCCAACAACAACCCGGAGCGGUUCCUCAAGGAGAACCAAUGGUACGACUCCCGCGUAGUCGGCAAGUACUGCGAGAAGCGCGACCCGCACCUCGCCUGCGUCGCGUACGAGCGCGGGCAGUGCGACCGCGAGUUGAUCGCCGUCUGCAACGACAACUCGCUGUUCAAGACGCAGGCGCGCUACCUCGUGCGCCGCCGCGACCAGGAGCUGUGGCUCGAGGUGCUCGCCGAGUCCAACCCCUACAAGCGGCAGCUCAUCGACCAGGUCGUCCAAACAGCUCUAUCAGAAACGCAAGACCCAGAAGACAUCUCAGUGACAGUGAAGGCGUUCAUGACCGCAGAUCUGCCUAAUGAGCUCAUAGAACUGCUCGAGAAGAUUGUGCUCGACAACUCCGUGUUCUCCGACCAUAGGAACCUGCAGAACUUGCUUAUCCUUACAGCAAUAAAGGCGGACCGCACUCGCGUGAUGGAGUACAUCAACCGGCUGGACAACUACGACGCGCCCGACAUCGCCAACAUCGCCAUCAACAACGAGCUCUACGAGGAGGCCUUCGCCAUCUUCAAGAAGUUCGACGUUAACACCUCUGCUAUCCAGGUGUUAAUCGAACAAGUGAAGGACCUCGAGCGCGCGAACGAAUUCGCGGAACGCUGCAAUGAGCCCGGCGUGUGGUCGCAGCUCGCCAAGGCCCAGCUCCAACAAGGGCUGGUGAAAGAGGCCAUCGACUCCUACAUCAAGGCCGAUGACCCCUCCGCCUACAUGGACGUCGUCGCCACCGCCACACAGGAGGAGUCGUGGGACGACCUCGUCAGAUACUUGCAGAUGGCCCGCAAGAAGGCGCGCGAAUCCUACAUCGAAUCGGAACUCAUCUACGCAUACGCCCGCACCGGCCGCCUCGCCGACUUGGAAGAAUUCAUCUCUGGGCCCAACCACGCUGACAUACAGAAGAUUGGAGACCGCUGCUUCGACGACAAGAUGUACAACGCAGCGAAGUUGCUGUACAACAACGUCAGCAACUUCGCCCGGCUCGCCAUCACGCUCGUGCACCUCAAGGAGUUCCAGGGCGCGGUGGACAGCGCGCGCAAGGCCAACUCCACACGCACGUGGAAGGAGGUGUGCUUCGCGUGCGUGGACGCCGGCGAGUUCCGGCUGGCGCAGAUGUGCGGCCUGCACAUCGUCGUGCACGCCGACGAGCUCGAGGACCUCAUCAACUACUACCAGGACCGAGGCCACUUCGACGAGUUGAUCAGCCUGCUAGAAGCAGCGUUGGGCCUGGAGCGCGCACACAUGGGCAUGUUCACGGAGCUCGCCAUCCUCUACUCCAAGUACAAGCCCGCCAAGAUGCGGGAGCAUCUCGAGCUGUUCUGGUCCAGGGUCAACAUCCCCAAGGUUCUACGCGCAGCCGAGCACGCGCACCUGUGGUCGGAGCUGGUGUUCCUGUACGACAAGUACGAGGAGUACGACAACGCCGCGCUCACCAUGAUGCAGCACCCCACCGAGGCCUGGCGGGAGGGACACUUCAAGGACAUCAUCACUAAAGUCGCAAACAUGGAGCUAUACUACCGCGCGAUCCAAUUCUACCUGGACUACAAACCCCUCCUCCUCAACGACCUACUACUGGUGCUAGCGCCGCGCAUGGACCACACUCGCGCCGUGAGCUUCUUCACCAAGGCCGGCCACCUGCAGCUGGUGAAGGCCUACCUGCGCUCCGUGCAGAGCCUCAACAACAAGGCCGUCAACGAGGCGCUCAACUCGCUGCUCAUCGACGAGGAGGACUACCAGGGACUACGGACAUCGAUAGACGCGUUCGACAACUUCGACACAAUCGCGCUCGCGCAGCAAUUGGAGAAACACGAGCUCACAGAGUUCAGAAGAAUCGCCGCGUACCUAUACAAAGGAAACAAUCGGUGGAAGCAGUCAGUGGAGCUGUGCAAGAAGGACGCCCUGUACGCGGACGCCAUGGAGUACGCGGCCGAGUCGCGCCAGCCCGACGUGGCCGAGGAGCUGCUCGACUGGUUCCUGCAGCGCGACAACUACGAGUGCUUCUCCGCCUGCCUCUACCAGUGUUACGACCUAUUGAAACCCGACGUUGUCAUCGAGCUGGCGUGGAGGCAUAACAUCAUGGACUUCGCCAUGCCUUUCCUCAUCCAGACUGUCCGCGAACUGACGACGAAAGUAGAAAAACUGGAGGAAGCGGACGCGAAGCGCAGCACCGAGAGCGCCGAGAACGACACCAAGCCCGCCAUGAUGAUGGAGCCGCAGCUCAUGCUCACCGCCGGCCCGUCCAUGGCGUACCCCGGCGUGCCGGCGCAGGCGUCGCCCUACGCGUACGCCGCGCAGGCGCCGUCGCCCGCGCCCUACCACGGCUACGGCAUGUAGGGCCCGACCAUGUCGCACCCGCCACCGCGCCGGAGGCCCCGGCACUUCUGAGCACCCGAGCCCGACACGGGACCCAGAUGAAACGAGGAACCCCCCAUGUCCUCCGAUAUUCACUUUUAUCUCGGCUCUACGCCCAAAUUUAUUCAAAAUCCUUUAGACGUUAUGUCAGUCCGUGAUGUCAUAUUAGUGACGUUUGUACUGACGUGACAUUUAACGUAUUUUCGAAAGCUACCCUCGGUAUAUGAUCGUAAAACUGAUAAAAGUGACCGAAUAUCUAGAGUUACGAUGGGAGGCAAACGUUGCGUCUCUCGCUGUUCUCGGCUAGAAAACAGGGGAAAACGUGUGAGCUCCUAAAGUGUUUGUCAAAUGCGAAACGCGUACAUAAUAUCGUAAGCUUUCCGAACACUAGUCAUGUUUGUAACAAAUUUGAACGUUAAUAUGAUGAAAAUAGGAUUCAUUCUUAUUUUAUCUCCCGUCCCCGAUCGUAAGUCUAGAUAUGUGAAGACGUGAAAAUGGCAAUCGAAUGCGAGUAGCGCCGUAGAUGACUCACCGAUCGUCAUUUAACGUCCGUAUAGGGUAAGUUCCGAUGGAGUCCCGGGCCCGCGGUCUCGAUGUAAAGACGCAAUGGAUACACUCUCUAUGCACUUCCGAGCGGAGAUACACCGUUCCGACCGUUGGCUAUGUAUGAUAAGUGAAAACUCUCCCGCGCCCCUGCCGAGGCCUAAGUUACGCUCUAGUAUUCUCAUUUUGUAAAAAGUUAUUUACGUCGUAAGUGCAUAGAGAUACCUAUAAGAUUUACGAAUAGAUUAGCGGUUGGGCUGACGACUAGAACUAUAUAAAAUGUUGGCCUGUACAAAAUUAUAAUAUAUUUGAUGGUAAAGUAGCUCUCGUGACUACAAAGUGCUUUAUUUUUAAAAUAGAUUGAGAGUUUUAAUAGAUGAUCGGUCUGUCGGCCGUUGAUUUUGCGAAGUUGUUCGCGUUAGGCCGCGCGCACACGAUCAUACCACCGCGAGUUACAAAAGUGGCACUAUAGGGUUUGUGUAAUCGUUUAAGAGUUUGCCAUGAGGGUGGACUGUUAAUAGUUGAUCAUUCAGCUUAUAUAAUGAGUCAAUGACACAUCCAUCGAAGCUUGAAUCUAUCUCUAUAUGCAUAACUUUCAAUGUAUCGUAAUAUCGACACCGAGUAACAUUGUCACUCAUUCAUGAUAUGUUUACAACCGAAAGGCCAAGUUAUAUGUUAUUUGAGGUGUACGCGAGUGGAGCCGCGACCUGUAGAAUGUCGUCCGAAAUCUAAAUUAAUAAAUUAUUGAAAUGAAUACUUUAAAUAUGAUUAUUUGUCAAUGUUAUCAAUAUUAUCAAAUUGUAUGUUAGUUUUCAUUUAUUAUUUUUAUAUUACUGAAAAGACUCGUAAUAGUUGAAAUGUUCAUAUAAACAGAUCUAAAAAAUCCAAUCGAACAAUAAUUUAUAAAAUAGUGCAAUAAUAAUACUUAAAUCAUAUUAUAACCAAAUACCAACGAAUAAAAUGCAUGCACGAAAUUUAUCUUCAAUAUUAAUGUACAAAAACACUAUAUUUCGGGAGUUGACGUGUUUGUAUGUAUAUAAUGCUUUCACAUGUUUAGACUCGGCCAAAACUGGUCGAUUACAGGAAAUCUUUGAAGUUACGAGUAUCGUAACGGUUUUUAAUUUCUAGAUACCUACGUUUAGGUUUAGUUUAGGCGAAAUUAGUGGUAUGAUGUUAUUUUUGAGUAAAAUGUUGAACCGUCUGCGAGGUUUACACAACACGCUUGUGUCCGUAUCGCACUGGGAAUGAUGCCUUCGCUAGAUAAGUCAAAUAUAUCUCUUAUGAAGCGGCCGAGCUAGCUGCUACUGGCGAAUAUUAGCGCUAAACCUAGGAACAUCCUGUGCCGACUUAUAUAUAUAUAUGUUGGUUACUUUCGCCAUAUUCGCUGGUAGGGCUUGUAUGCGUCGGCCCGCGAGGCAUUCUGGGGAACCUUAGCCUUUUAUGUAUGUUACAUUUUUGUAUACACAUUAUUAUUUCGAGAGAUUCAUAUUUUACCCAGUUUCACGCGGAAUGACCCCAGAAAUGCCUUAUUAUUCUUAGAAUACGUAGAUUGCAUUCAUAUGUAAUUCAUUCUGUAUCUCAAAGGCAUGCAGUCGCAAAGACAAAUCACUAGAAUGUAUUAAAUUGGACUAAUAAUGGUUUUCAGAUACAGAGUUGUUACUUAUUGUAUAAUGCGAGUUGCAAAUAAAUCAUUGAUGUUAAAAUGAUUCAUUCAAAUCAUUCCUAUCACAUUAUGAUAAUAAUAAUAGUAAUUGUUAUAUGUUCAUUUCUUUCGUAAUAUUACAUCUUUAACAUAAACUUUUGUGGAAAGAAAGUUCAUUGUUCUAUUAUUAAUAUUGUAUUUAUUCAUGUAUGAUAAUGUUUUCCUGAAUUUUAUUAUAGUAAGAAAUAAAUAUUAAUAAACUAA